UUGAAUACCCAGGAAAAGAACAAGAGCUAAUUAAGAACGACCCCAUUUAGUUAAAUAUUUUAUAAGGUUCUUCCUAAAGGUUUCCUUCUUAACAGAACUUAAUUAUUGUAUAUAUGUACCCAAUAUUGUAUUCUCGGCUUUAUAAAUUGGAAAAUAUAUAAGCAUUUUGAAAACACUCCGGUUUCGUAGAAGACAAAUUACAGAGUGAAACAUGUCGACUCUGGUUCAGAUACAAGAGACCCCUAGAUGGAAGAAGCUUUUGGGUCAUGUAGGACCUGGUAUUCUCGUUUCUGUAGGCUAUCUUGAUCCCGGAAACUUGGAAUCAGACCUACAAGCUGGUGCAGAUCACAAAUACGAGUUGCUAUGGAUCGUGCUUCUGGGGCUGACCUUUGCUUUCAUAAUCCAGUGUUGUUCUGCAAGAUUAGGGGUAGCGACAGGAAAGCAUCUCGCUGAGCAUUGCAAGGCAGAGUACCCAAGUCCAGUGAAAUACUGCCUGUGGAUACUUGCUGAGGUGGCCGUUAUAGCAGCCGACAUCCCAGCAGUACUAGGAACGGCAUUUGCUCUGAACAUACUCUUCAGGAUACCCAUGUGGAGCGGGGUCCUGCUGGCUGGAUUGAAUACUCUCCUUCUCCAUGGGAUGCAACGAUAUGGUAUAAGGAAGCUGGAGGGUGCGAUUGGUAUGCUAGUAAUGGUGGUGGGUGGCUGCUUCUUUGCUGUAAUGAUAAAGGCCAGCCCGAGUGCAAAGGAGAUGGUGACCGGAAUGUUCGUUCCCAAAUUGAAUGCGAAAGGAGCCACCAUAGACGCCAUUGCUCUUUUAGGAGCUCUGAUCAUGCCGCACAAUCUUUUUCUUCAUUCAGCAUUGGUCAUAUCGAGAAAGUUCCCUCACUCCUUUGAGGGCAUCAAUAGUGCAAGCAAGUUUUUCUUUAUAGAAAGUGGGCUAUCACUAGUCGUAGCGUUCCUCAUCAAUGUGGUUGUCGUAUCUGUUAGUGCCAGCGUGUGCUCCAAUCCAAAUACAUCUGUAGAGAGCAAGGCUCAUUGCAAGGAUAUCACUCUCGAGUCUGCGGCUUUCUUGUUUAAGAAUGCUCUUGGCAACUGGAGUCCAAAGCUACAUGCCAUAUCCAUGCUUGCUUCUGGUCAGAGCUCAACUGUUGCAGGAACCUACGCAGGCCAGUACGUUAUGCAGGGUUUUUUGGAUUUGAAGAUGGAACUCUGGUUGAGAAACUUAAUAACUAGGUGCAUAGCCAUUGGUCCAAGUUUGGACCAAUGGCUCCCCUCAUGAGUUAAAAGCCUAUAAUUUGAAGUUAGAAAAC